AUGCGUGUCUCAGUCGUUCAGACAUGUACUCAGGCCUACGACCUCACCGCUACUCUGAACAAGCUUGAAGAAAUGACAAAGAUGGCUCGGGACCGCGACGACUCAGAGCUUGCGGUGUUCCCAGAGGCGUUCAUUGGAGGCUAUCCAAAAUAUUCAACUUUUGGAGCUGUGGUUGGCGAGCGCUCUCUUGAAGGUCGCGACGAGUAUGUUCAAUACCACACUGGUGCUAUUAAAGUUCCAUCUGCUGCUACUGCUCGCGUGGAGGAGAUUUCUCGGGAAACUGGGGUCUUCUUGGUGGUCGGAGUGAUUGAACGUGAAGGGGGUUCACUUUAUUGCACUGUGAUAUUUGUGUCUCCCUCUCAAGGGCUGUUGGGAAAGCACCGCAAAAUAAUGCCAACCGCCGCAGAACGCUUGAUAUGGGCUCAAGGCGAUGGGUCUACGCUUCCAGUGUUCGAAGCUCAGUUCUCAGAUUCCAAAUCUGCAAAAAUUUCAGCAACGAUCUGCUGGGAAAACUACAUGCCCCUAUUGCGUUACCACUAUUACUCGUUGGGCACUCAGUUAUACUGCGCGCCAACGGUAGAUGCACGCGAAACUUGGCAAUCGACUAUGAUGCAUAUUGCAUUGGAGGGUCGCUGCUUCGUUCUGGCAGCUUCACAGUUUGCGCAAGAAAAAGACUAUCCUGCUGACCACCCAGUAGCCAGUGAUACACGCAGCCCCGAAAACAUAAUGAUAGCGGGUGGAAGCGUCAUUAUUAGCCCCCUUGGUAAAAUUUUGGCGGGCCCUUUGAGGGAUGAAGAGGGUGUAUUGACCGCAGAAAUCGAUUUAGACGACGUUGUAAGAGGUAAAUUCGACUUGGAUGUUUGUGGAAACUACGCCAGACCAGAUAUUUUCCGUCUCACUGCCUCGGAAAUGAAUCCGUGUCACACAAAAUCACGCCAACGUUCUUGCUCUGAACCUCCUACCGAGCCAUCGUCUUCAAUGUCUGACUCGUAUUCGAAUGGAGUGGCGAAUGCCUCGACACCCUCUCUUCCCAAUACUCUCCCCUCCAUCAUACGCAAAAAGCUCAUGGGCUACGUCGGGUUUGCCAACCUGCCCAACCAAGUCCACAGGAAGAGCGUAAGGAAGGGCUUCCAGUUCACUGCCAUGGUCGUCGGCGAGUCGGGGCUCGGUAAAUCCACCCUCAUCAACACUCUCUUCAACACAACCCUUUAUCCUCCCAAGGAGCCGCUCCCUCCAUCUGCUGAGCGCCCUACAACGGUGUCCAUUGAAAGCAUUGGUGCUGACAUUGAGGAAAACGGUGUGCGCCUCCACUUGACUGUCGUCGACACCCCUGGCUUUGGUGACUUUGUCAACAACGACGAAAGCUGGAAGCCCAUUCUGGAAAAUAUCGAGUCGCGCUUCGACUCCUUCCUUGAACAGGAAAACCGCGUCAACCGAACCAAGGUCGUCGACAACCGUGUUCACGCAUGUCUGUAUUUUAUACAAGCCACUGGUCACUCUUUAAAAGAGAUUGACAUCGAGUUCAUGCGGAGACUGCACAACAAAGUGAACCUGAUACCUGUCAUUGCCAAAGCAGACACCAUGACUGACGAGGAAGUCGCCGAAUUCAAAGAGCGGGUUCUUUCGGACAUCGCCCACCACAACAUCCAUAUCUUCCAAGCGCCAACCUACGACAACGAGGAUGAAGAGACCAUUGCGGAGGCCGAGGAGAUUGCCAGCAAAAUUCCGUUUGCUGUCGUUGGGUCAGAUAAAAUUGUCACCACUCCGGACGGUCGGCAAGUACGUGGACGAGCAUACCCCUGGGGUGUUGUCGAGGUAGACAACGAGGAGCACUGCGACUUUGUCAAACUUCGCCAAAUGCUCAUUCGAACAUACAUGGAGGAGCUCAGGGAAUAUACCAACGAUGUUCUUUACGAAAACUGGCGAACGGAGAAACUACUUGGAAUGGGCGUUGCUCAAGACUCCUCAGUGUUCAAGGAGAUCAACCCUGCCGCCAGAAUGCAAGAGGAGCGAGUUCUGCACGAGGCCAAGUUGGCCAAAAUGGAGGCUGAGAUGAAGAUGGUUUUCCAACAGAAGGUCCAAGAAAAGGAGUCCAAGCUCAAACAGUCCGAGGAGGAGCUUUACGCGCGUCACAAGGAGAUGAAAGAUGCAUUGGAGAAACAGCGAACUGAUCUCGAAGAGAAGAAGCGGAAAAUCGAGAGCGGGCGCCCAAUCACCCCCCGAGAAAAACACUACUGGGAGACGAAAGGGUUUCUUGCGCACCUAAACAGCUUACCAUAUCCAUUGACAUUUUUUUCCCUACGGCGUGCUUUUCCAAAGUUUGGCUGUACAUAUCAUAUUCCCCUCGUACUCACUCGUUCUUGA